CGCUGCCAUGCGCCGUUCCGUUCUGUCAGCGGCGGCAGUCCUCUCCCUCUCCCUCUCCCUCCUCUCUCUCACCCCUUCCAACGCUUCCACUGGCGUGUCUUCGUUCUCUUCAUCCCACAGAAUCCCAUCGCUCACUCGCAGUGCACUCCGCUUGUCCAAGGAGGGCAAGGGUGAGGAUGACAAGUAUGGGGAUCCAGAAGCCUACGUGCCCCAGGGUGGCAGCAAGGUGACCCGUAACUUCAUGACUUGCGAGGAUCUUCGCAUGUCCCUCCGUGGUGGUGCCGGUUCCGAUGCCAUUGUUCCCGACCAGAAGCUUCAGAUUGUGUUCGUGUCUGCUGAGAUCGCCCCGUGGUCUGUGACUGGAGGACUCGGAGCGGUUUGUGACGGUCUUCCUCGCGCCCUUGCCAAGCUGGGACAUCGUGUGAUGUCCAUUGCUCCCCGCUACGAUCAGUACUACGAUGCCUGGGACACUGAGUUUACCGCUGAAGUUCCUUUGGGGGACACCACCACCACCGUCCGCUUCUUCCACGCCUUCAAGAAGGGUGUCGACCGCGUGUUUGUUGACCAUCCUCUCUUCUUGGAGAAGGUUUGGGGAUUGUCCAAGCAGAAGCUCUAUGGUCCCAAGUGGGGCAAGGACUACGAGGACAAUCAGCUCAGGUUCGCUAUGUUCUGCGCUGCUGCAAUGGCUGCAACCGAGAAGCUUUCUCUCGGCGGAUACCCCUAUGGCCAGGAUGUCAUUUUCGUUGCCAAUGACUGGCAUGCUGCCUUGGUACCCAUGUACUUGAAGAAGGCUCAGAAGGAGGGCACUGGAUGGUUCAAGGCCAAGAGCGCUUGCCUUCUUCACAACAUGGUAUUCCAGGGUCGCUUCCCCUAUGAUCCCAACGCUGCCUCCCGUCUUCGUCUCCCCCAGGCGAUGGUGGACGAAAUGGUCACCAAGCAGCCCCUCAAGGUUGGACGUCAAAAGAAGGCUUCCAAGGGCUUGAAGGAGUCCGUCGAGAUCCCCAACCCUCCCAUGGACGUCCUCAACUUCUUGACUGGAGCCAUCAAGUUCUCCGAUGCCGUCCUCACCGUUUCCCCUCAGUAUGCCAAGGAGGUUGCCUCCAGCUCCGCCAAGGGUGCUGAGCUCGAGAAGAUCCUGACCAAGACUGGCAUCAAGGGCAUCUUGAACGGCGUUGAGGACAUCGUCAACCCAAGCAACGCUGAGCUCGGACUCGACAUCAUGUACGACGGUGCCAGUCUCGAGAAGAAGGCCCAGGGCAAGACUGCCAUGCAGAAGUCGUUGGGCUUUGCUGUUGACGAGAACAUCCCCAUGUUUGUUUUCAUGGGACGUCUCGAUGCACAGAAGGGAGUUGACAUCAUGUUCGAGGCCAUCGAUUCAGCGCUCAAGGGAGGCAUGAACGCUCAGUUUGUCACCAUGGGCUCUGGCAUUGAGGAGCUGGAGGAGGUUGCUGCGGAACUGGAGGAGAGAUAUCCCAACAAUUUCAAGGCUGUCCUCUCCUUCAAGGGCCAGGAGAAGUACAAGACCUACGCCGCCGCUGACUUCGCCAUCAUGCCCUCUAGGUAUGAGCCCUGCGGUCUGGUGCAAAUGGAGGGAAUGAGGUUCGGAACUUUGCCCAUCGUUUGCCCUACUGGAGGUUUGCUGGACACCGUCAGUGACAUGGAGACCGGGUUGGUAAUGGAGCACGAGGUUGAUCAGGACGACAUCACCCCUGCGGAUGUCGAGAUGCUCGUGAAGAACUUCAACCGCGCCAUUUCCUUGUACGGCAACAAGGACAAGUACAAGCAGAUGCAGGUCAACGCCAUGGCUGCUGCCAAGGACUACAGCUGGACAAGAGCUGCCAAGCAGUAUGUGAAUACUUUCCUGGAGAUUGGCGCCCCAACCAACUAAAUAUGAAAGACUGGUUUGAUAUUAUUUGAGAAGAUCUUGAUGAUUUUACAUCCGCUGCAUGUGAAUCUGUGAUGUUGUUGUAAUGAAAUUUUCGGUGAGAU